GGACGGAGCGCGUGCCGACGGUUGGUCGCGCCCCCUCCCCCCGACACCCCACCCUCCCCCCAGCGCCACCCCCGGCCCCAUGAGCCGCGGCGUCCGCUCUCGCCCGGCGCUGCGGUGGCGACGACGGGCCGACUCUGCAUGGCCCCGGCCGUGGAUAUGACCGCCGCGCCCACCGGGGUUCGCAGCGACGAGCUGCCCGCAUCCGCCUUCAGCAAGCCCGGCGGCGGCGGCCUCGCCGUCGCGGCGGCGAUGGGCGGGGAGGAGGAGAGCGACAAGCCCAAGGUCUCCCCAUCCCUUCUGCCGUUCAGCGUGGAGGCGCUCAUGGCCGAUCACAGGAAGCCGGGGAGCAGGGAGAGUUCCGAGGGCGCCGGGCCCCCGCCGGGCGCCGGGGCGGCCGCCCGCACCAGCCUCAGCCCCCGCCUGGGCACCCUGACGGCGGAGGCGCCGGCCUCCCCGCUGCCCCUCGGCGGCCACUUCUCCGUCGGGGGGCUGGUCAAGCUGCCCGAAGACGUCCUCGUCAAGUCGGAAAGCCCCGAGAAGCAGGAGCGGAGCCCCUGGAUGCAAAGUCCGCGGUUCUCGCCGCCUCCCCCGAGGCGGCUGAGUCCACCAGCCUGCACCCUGCGCAAGCACAAGACAAACAGGAAGCCCCGGACGCCCUUCACCACGGCACAGCUGCUGGCUCUGGAGAGGAAGUUUCGGCAGAAGCAGUACCUGUCCAUCGCCGAGCGCGCCGAGUUCUCCAGCUCGCUCAGCCUCACUGAGACCCAGGUGAAGAUCUGGUUCCAGAAUCGCCGUGCCAAGGCCAAGCGGCUCCAGGAGGCCGAGCUGGAGAAGCUGAAGAUGGCAGCCAAGCCCAUGCUCCCGCCUGCUGCUUUCGGCAUCUCCUUCCCGCUGGGCGGCCCGGCUGUGGCUGGUGCCUCUCUAUAUGGUGCCUCCAGCCCUUUCCAGCGGGCAGGGCUGCCUGUGGCUCCCGUUGGACUGUACACAGCGCACGUGGGAUACAGCAUGUACCACCUCACAUAGAGCUGGGCCCCACCGAGCUCAUCCCGCUGCCUGUCCGCUCCCAUUGGCCCUGCACACAUUCCCUCCCUGCUCCUCGGCUCCUCACUGUGGACUUCUCCACGGACCCUGUGACAGAGUCUUCUCCAGUCCAGCUCUGCCUGGCCUUUGCUUCCCCCUGUGAUGCUGGUUCCCUGGUCCAGCCCUGUUUCACUCUCCUAACAGUCCUGGAAGCUGUUCUGCUCUCUGGCUGGCAGAAACCUGAGGCAUUGCCCCAGCUCCUACCUGGCACAGGGUGAUGGGUCAGCCCUGCCCCACUUCCCUGGAACCCGCUGGCAGCUUGGGAAGAGCCCCUCACCGAGGGGGAAGGAACUGUGGAAGAGAAAUGGCAAAAAGGGAGCUGAAUGAUGGGACGUUUCUCUUACUUUCUGCAAGGCGAGGUCAAGAGGCAUAAGUGUAGAGUAUCCUCUCCCAUUCCUGUGUAACAGCACUAUCUGUUACCUGUGUUUGUUCUUCCACCAGCUCCUUUGAAAGGGGCUCUGUGUACUAUGUAAUAUACUGUAUAUUUGAAAUUUUAUUAUCAUUUAUAUUAUAGCUAUAUUUGUUAAAUAAAUUAAUUUUAAGCUAC